AAUGUCCACCCUGGUACAAGCAGAACCGGCCUUAAUGGGCCGCCAGGGCCAGCAAGAGCCCAUCUACGUCCACGACUGAGAGGGGCGUCGUCGGAUGGAGCAACGGUGCUUUGCACGGCUCUGAGUCCCUGACGACCUCGUUCCCCUCCGCUGUCUCGCCUCUCCCUUGGUUCCUCGCGGCGACGACUGGGCGAGCGCCUCCUCCCCUCCCUCACUCCCUCCGUGAGCUCCUCGCCGGCGGCGCGCGCCGCCGCCCGUCGCCACGUCUUCUCCGCUGACGUGGGCUCACCAGGUUCAAGGCAAUAUCUGUGUUAAUCUUGGGGACCUUCAGUAGAUUGCUGAGAGUUCUCCUUGAUACAGGGGAAUAAAGAUCCAAAUAAGUUUUUGACAUUGAUCUGUAGCCAGUACUGCAAUGGCUACGAAGCUUGUGGUUCUCGGUAUCCCCUGGGAUGUUGACACUGAAGGGUUACGAGAGUACAUGGCCAAGUUUGGACCCCUAGACGAUUGUGUCGUCAUGAAGGAGCGGUCUUCUGGGCGAUCUCGCGGGUUUGGCUAUGUAACAUUCGCCUCAGCUGACGAUGCAAAGAAUGUUCUUGAUUGCGAGCAUGUUCUUGGGAGCCGUACAUUAGAAGUGAAGGUAGCUACUCCAAAGGAAGAAAUGAAAUCACAAGGAUCAAAGAAAGCUACAAGGAUAUUCGUUGCUCGAAUUCCGCAAUCGGUGGAUGAGUCGAUGUUUCGUAGACAUUUUGAAGCUUUUGGGGAAAUUCUUGAUCUUUACAUGCCAAAGGAACAUGGUUCAAAAGGGCAUCGUGGAAUUGGGUUUAUCACGUUUCAGAGUGCAGAGUCUGUGGACAACAUCAUGCAAGAGUCACAUGAGCUUGAUGGUACAACAGUAGUUGUUGAUCGUGCGACUCCUAAGGAUGAAGAUGUCAGAUACCCCCCGAGUAGGCCAUCUCAGGGUGGCUAUGGUGCAUAUAACGCAUACAUUUCAGCUGCUACCAGGUAUGCAACUCUGGGUGCACCAACGCUGUAUGACCAUCCUGGAUCAGCUUAUGGAAGAGGGUAUUAUGGACCCUCUCAAGCAGUGGGCAAGAAGAUAUUUGUUGGUAGACUUCCACAAGAAGCAAACACAGAUGAUCUAAGGCAGUACUUUGGCAGAUUUGGUCGAAUCGUAGAUGCAUAUAUUCCAAAGGACCCCAAAAGAAGCGGCCACCGAGGUUUUGGGUUUGUCACCUUCGCUGAUGAUGGUGUGGCAGAACGAGUAGCUCGUAGAAGCCAUGAAAUUCUAGGCCAUGAGGUUGCAAUAGACACAGCGGCACCACUUGAGAAUGAUUCAGCUGCUGGUGGGUACAUUGAUCCAAUGGAUCUUUACGGAGCUUAUGGUUCAAUGAGAUCUUUCGGCAGGUUCUGUGGCGGUCUAGAUUACAAUUAUGGCUAUGGCCCCAGCAGCGGAAGCAGCCGAUCAAGAUCGGAUUGGCGAUACCGACCUUACUGAACGUGUCCAUUGUCAGUGAUGUUCUAGUUUACCUCCAGGGAAGGAAACUGAAAUGGCGAAAAGAAACAUUUUAAGAAUGUUAAGUGUUACGUUAAGUGGCAUGUUAAUCGUAAGAGGGCCGUGCGGAAUCUGUCGAUUUGUUCAUGUUGUAAUUUUGGACAUGGAAAUGCUUUUAUGCAAUUUCUUUGCCGUGAUUCACAUUAUUGACACACGAUGAAGGCAGCAGCCUUUGUGUAGUUA